AUGGCUCUGUUUUACAACUAUAUUUUAUCCUCAUUUGAUGAUGAUGAAAUGCUUAACCACGUUCAGAGAAGGCCCCGAAUAUUCAGAGAACGAGUGAAUUAUUUCGAAACCAUGGAUGAUUUCGAUUUUUUUACACUAUUUCGCUUAACAAAAAUUACUGUUGAAACUUUGCUGCUCCAAAUAGAAGAAAGUUUGCAACAUGCUACAGAAAGAAACAACGCUAUUCCACCUAGGAUACAGCUCCUACUUGCUCUACGGUACUACGCAACUGGUUCGCACCUUAUUGCUGCUGGGGACUUCUCUGGAGUUAGCAAAACUAGCGCUCAUAGAAUUGUUCACCGAGUGACUGCUGCUAUUGCUGGACUGGCUCGAGAAGACAUUGAAAUGCCUUCCACAGAAGCACAAGUUACUGCUGCUCAAGUAGAUUUCUAUACAAUAGCACGUUUCCCUAAAGUUAUUUCGGCAUUAGAUUGCACGCACGUUUGA